UCUAUGUUCAAUAUGAAAAUGAAGUUCUCAAGUUUUAUAUUAUGUUUAGUGGCAAUCGUUGUGAACGUAAAUGCAGAGCCUUUUUUCGGAGUUAAAGUACAGGGAGGGUUUAAAACUGAAACGGAUGUGUCAUCUGUCGCCCAAGUGAUUACCGUUCCGAUUUCACAACUCAAAACAGCCAUCAGCACUUUUAACAAAAGUUACCCAUUCAGUACUGUGACGUUUAACGAUGGCGCCGACGGAUUGAACUUUUUAUACAACGGCAUUAUAAAUGAAAUACAGAAUUUUACAACUGUCCUGGGGAAUGCGGCUACCGACAGUCAAUCGAAUUCGACAGUGUUGUUUGAGAAUAUUCAAACGGCCUUGAGUGUGGCUCAGGAAUUCGUUAAUAAUGCUCCGUCGGAAAUAACGAAGAUUAGCACAUUUUCGACUAGUGCAGGCGCAGCUCUGACGGAUUCGUUCACAAUCGUUGGAAGCGUUUUGAAUGAUUUGUCCGAUGCACUGACAACAAUUGCGAAUGGUAUUACUACAAUUGAUGCAACAAUGAUUAUCACUUCGUCGUCGAUUUACAAAAUUGUUAACAAAUAUCAGCUGGCAAAUUUGAUCGGAGCCUUGAGUGUGCUGCAAUCGCAGAUAGACAUUAUAAAAGCCAAACUAGCAGACACGAUUUCGUCAAUAUCUGCUUCGGAAAGUCUAAUGAGUUCGUUUACUGGGAAGCUAACAACUGCGUUCGCUGGACUGGACACCUCUCUGUCUAACAGCUACAAUACAACAACAAAGUCGUCAGACGCAUUCCAACAACAGUUGUCUGCCACUCUCACUCAAUUGACCAGUGCCACCAGCAGUUUCAAUGAUAAGAUAAAAACAUUUACCGAUGACAUCAUUGGACCAAACGUAGCCAGUAUCAUCAAUACUACUACCGAGUUUAUUGAUUUCUAUGAAUACUUUUUGGACACACUGAUACCCAACUCGGAGGAAAAGUUCAACAACGUUGCGUACAUGGUGACGGAUUCCGUUCAAUCGGCUGGCCGAGACAUUCUGUUCAAUUCGUACCAAAUGUUGAACAAUGCAAUACAGAAUCUACCUUCGGCAUCGACUUGUGCUACUCAGUUCUUGAGUCCGCUUGUACAAUCACUAUCCACUAAUAUACCGACAUUCAGCACCUGUUUGAGUUUGAUUAAUCCACAAAAUGUGGCCGGUGACCAGGUGGUGGUGUUGAAAAAUCUUCUGGCGGAUCGUUUGUACUACGUCAACUUAUGGUCCAGCACGAUUGCGGGACUUACCGCGAAAAGUGAUGCCAGCAGCAGGAGAGCAGCUGUUCUUAAGCUUCUUACGAAAACCCCUUCAUCGAACGUGGAUGUGCAGCAACCGGCUUUGGCAGAUACUUACAGUAUUUUUGCUCAGAUAGUAUCCAACUUCAACGCUCUCCAGAAUCGCGUGGUCAUGUGUUUGACCCUGAAGAGCGUAGACUUUUCGGCUCUUAUCAUAGCCGCUUCGAAUAGCUAUUUCGGAUGCAUUAGAAGUGCCUAGACUGUCGCGGGGAAAGUUUUUCAAAAUUAUCAAUUUCAAUGUAAUGAAUUUUCUAUAUGGUUGUCAGUAAAUGUGGAUAUGAGAAUGGAAAAAUCCAUUUGUCUUUACUUUAUUCGAUCGAUCGGGACCGAUAAGAGUCUAAUGCAAAUAAAUAAUCGGCCCACUCAGCCCAGGCAUCAACAAAUCGAUGGUUAGUGGUUGAUAGCGUCGAAAGAGCGUGGACGAGUAUUUGAUAAAUGAAUCAUUCUCGUUAUUAUCAUAGUGGGAUGUACUAACAAGUUCAAAUUAAAAAUUCAUGAUACGAUGAUGAGUGUAGCUCCAACUAUGAUAGUUCG